GGCAUUCAAGCGGUUAUCGAAACAAGAAACACAGCGCUGAUACCCCCGAUAGUACAUACAUAUACAUAGAUCUGUGUGGACAUCUCAAAAGAGAUAAUGGCGGACCAACUAGCAUGGAUAGGGUUGGGAAACAUGGGCCGGGGCAUGGUCCGCAACCUCAUCGCCAAAGGCUCGCUCUCCCAGCCCCUAAUCCUCUACAACCGCACUCAGUCCCGAGCCACUUCCUUCUCCGAGACGCUCACCGCCGGCAGCACCACCGUCGCCUCGUCGGUCGCAGAAGCGGUCCUGCCCGCCUCCAUAAUCUUCACAUGUCUGGGCGACGACAAGGCCGUCGAGGCCACGAUCGAUGCAGCCCUCCAAUCAACAGACGUCAAGGGUAAACUCUUCGUCGACUGCUCCACCGUUCACCCGGACACAUCUCGCAAGCUGGAGAAGCUCCUCGAGUCCCGGGGCGCCAGCUUCAUCGCAUGUCCGGUCUUUGGCGCCCCGCCCGCCGCGGACGCCGGCCAGCUGGUCUGCGUGAUGGCCGGGAAGAGACAUCUGAUCGAGCGGGUCAAGCCGUACUUCGCCGGCGUGGUGGGACGGGCCAACAUCGAUCUCAGCGAGACCUCCGAAGAUCCCGGCAGGGCUGCGAUGCUCAAGGUUCUCGGCAACUCGAUGAUCUUCCAGAUGGUGUCUGCGGUGUCGGAAGGUAUGGUCGUGGCGGAGAAGUCCGGGUUGGGUGUCGGCGAGGUGCACAAGUUUCUGGAGGCCGUCUUUCCCGGUCCGUACGUCGGGUAUUCGAAGAGGAUGAUUUCAGGGGAUUAUUUUACGCGCGAGGAGCCGCUGUUUGCGGUUGAUUGGGCGCGGAAGGAUGUUGCCCAUGUUCUUGAUCUGGCGAAGAGUGUGGGGGCCGAGAUGAAGGGAACAGAGAGGGUUGAUGAGUAUCUGAAAGAGGUCAAGGCGCAUUCGGGAGAGAAAGGAGAUAUUGCCGCCAUUUACGGCGUUGCCAGGGAACAUGCGGGCUUGAAGUUCGAGAAUAAAUGACUAUCCGGCUUGAACAGGACGAAGCUAUGAUCUAGUUUCUUUGGUGUGAGUAACUAGCUCCUUCUACGCAUUCAGUCGUUAUUGACAAUUGAACACGCUCAUGGUACAUUUGUGGAUGGUAAUCGGGCCACCGAACCCUGAAGAGCUCUACUUGCAAUGUUGUAA